GUUCUCGUUCACUAGCUAUUGGAAUUAUGACUGCAGAAGCAUCGAGGACUUUAAUAUUGUGUAUAUCGCUCCUCUAUUUGGUUGUUGACGGGGAUCCCGUUCAUGAUGAUACAAUGACGCAAAAAGAGAGUUUAAAUAAUCCGUUUAAUCCAGCAAGCCGUUUAAAACGUGAGAUAAAAGACGACUCCACCUGCACCAAAUGUCCACAAUCAGAAAAACAAUGUUCACCAUCGCCAAGUUGUGGUGAAAAGGGGAUUUUCGAUAUGUUGGACCCAGACGAAAUGCGCACUGUUUACUCUGCCUUAGUAUCUAAAGGAAUUGUCGAUCCAUGGGGAACAAGUUUUAAGAAUACAUAUAUACAUAGGAUGGCGUUACUACCUCCAGAAAAAGCAAAAGCGUUAGAUUAUCUUGACAAUGGUGGUUCACACCCAGGACGCUUUGCAGAGGUUCACGUGAUCAGAGGAAACUCCGUAAAUCCUGAUCUGAUGGAAUACAAAGUCGGUCCAGUGUGUGGCGAUUCCAUGAACGUAACUCAACUGUAUAAGGACGGGGAGUUGUCUUUUAAUUCCCAAGUGCUAUCAAGUUCCGAAUACUUCACACAUUUGGGCAUGAUGCGUUCCUUCACAGAUACUAUUGAUCUAAUAAUUCAAGAGAGUUUCGGGAACCAUGAAUUCAGAUUUCGAACAUUAUCGCCACAAGGUUUUACUGCUUCUGAGCGAAACACGCGUUAUGUAUUAGUUUUGCGAAUACAAGCUACGUCAUCUGGGUAUGAUAUCAAUCACAUGCCCCUAUCCUUUACGAUAUAUUCACCUGGCACAGAUGUUUCAAUAUGGAAGAUUCACAGAAUUUUCUACCUAAACCAAGGACCUUUUGAUACGGCCGAAGAUUUGCUCGAGGCGUAUACAAAAGGGGAACUGCGAAAAUUCAGUCUUCCGAGAAACUACAAAUCAACAGCUUGGAAUGCAACGUUUCCUCAGCGGGAUGGGACAGGGUGGGCACGCAAAGGUGCAAACAUCGCUCCACCCCGGACAUACCAGCCAUCUGGCUCCCGUAUUAACUGUGUAGGAAAUCGAAUAACAUGGAUGGGCUGGGAGUUUUCUGUUGGAUUCUCACAAGUUCGUGGACCUAGUGUCCACGAUGUUCGAUUCAAGGGAGAGCGAAUCCUCUGGGAGAACUCACUCAAUGAAGUCUCCCUGGUGUAUUCCUCGGACGCAUCAGGUGACGCCAACAAUAUUCUUAUGGAUUCUCUUUUCGGAUUGGGAGACCAAAUCAAGCCAUUUGUACCUGGAGUUGAUUGCCCGGAAUACGCUCACACAAUCAACUUAUAUCGCUGGAUUAAAAGUGUGAAUUUUGCAUCAACAGUUGGAGCCGGUUGUGUUUUUGAGGCAGAUAUGCAAGGCCCUUUAUGGCGACGAGGUGAUUCCUAUUCUGCAGGACUCAGAAAUCAUGUCCUGGUAGUUCGCAUACCGCUUACCGCAGGUAAUUACGAUUAUACGAUUGACUUUAGAUUCUACAUGGAUGGUAAAAUGCAAACGAUUGCUGAAGCAUCAGGUUAUCUUCAAGCUGCAUUUUGGGAUGAUGAUAAUCCAAAUCGAAGAAAAAAUAAUGACGGAUUUGAUGGUUUUGGGUACAAGGUGAAGGAUUUUACACAAGGCGCGAUACAUGAUCAUGCGUUUGGUUUCAAAGUCGAUAUGGAUAUAGGUGGUACUAAAAAUUCAUUUCAGAAAAUUGCAUGGAAGGCGGACACGGUGGGCAAGGCAUUUAGAUCACAAGGAAGACGAAAUACAAAUCCACCGUAUUUCGAGAAUGAACACACACGCUUCCUCAAAUAUGUGACUCUGAAAAAUGAGAUUGGUUUGAGAAAGAACUUAGACAACCCUCACUUUUGGGUUGUGGUAAACGAUGCAAAGAAAAACAAAUGGGGCGUACCAAGAGGUUACAGAAUCCAGAUGAUGGCGACAGGAGCAAAUAUACUACCUUCGGACCACAUCGCUAACAAGGCUCUGGCGUUCACCAAAUACCAUUGUGCCGUCACAAGACAGCGAGAUACUGAGAGAUAUCUUAGUAAUCCCUAUGAUGUUAAUCAACUUGCAGAACCAGUUGGCUCCCUCGACAACUAUCUAGACAAUGAACCAAUCACGAAUCAAGAUAUUGUCACAUGGAUAACCCCAAGUUUAAACCAUUUACCAACAUCUGAAGAUAUUCCAAUGACGGCAAGUGUAUCUACGGGAUUCUGGUUAAAACCGCAUAAUUAUUUCGACAACCUAGCUGUGAUGGAUGUCCCAAAAUAUCUUAAAUCUUCUAUAUCAGGUCUGAAUGAAAAUCCACCAGAUUUUGAGCCCUGUCAGGACGAUACAAAACCUGCGAGAGUAAAUGUCGAGUUAUAAACCAUGAACAGUAGAACGAACUCAUGUAUAACAUUAUGCGUAAAUGGGGUAAGACUUUAAUGUUUAUAUAAAUACAAUAGCGGCUUGAUCGAAAAAAU